GUUAAUACAUUUUUCACAAAUUAAAUAUCAGAAGUGAGAAUGGUCUCAUACGUGUCCUGUAGGGUAAUAUUGUAUGCCAUUUUAUUAAUUUGUAUCAACGAAACACGUGGAUACAAUUUGACAGUUUGGACGCAAUGCGGAUAUGUGAGGGGUUACACAUGGAGAAGUUCACCAAAUUCUAAUCGUUUAUUCUACGGAUUUAAGGGAAUCCCUUACGGAAAACCACCAGUAGGAGAUCUUAGAUUUCAGGAUCCUCAACCACCUGAGCCUUGGGAUGGGGUUAAAGUGGUCAAUUCUGACCCCGACUCGUGUGCAGCCCACGACAGUGGAACUGCUGGAAGUCCUGUAGUUGGAAGUGAAAAUUGCCUAAACUUAAAUGUAUAUGUUACGCAAACAGAUAAGGACAACGAUGACUUAUCCCUCCCAGUAAUGUUUUGGAUAUAUGGUGGUGCAUUUGUUCGUGGUAAACCUACUGCGAAUCCAUCAAAUAUACUUGAAAAGCCGGUGAUAGUGGUUGUUAUUGCUUACCGCGUAGGGGUCUUAGGUUUCCUAAAUACUGAAGAUGAAAACGCUUGGGGAAAUGCAGGUCUUAAAGAUCAAAAUCUCGCGUUACAAUGGGUUAAAAAUAAUAUUCGGAAUUUUGGAGGGGAUCCAAAUAAAAUCACUAUCUUCGGUCAAAGCGCUGGAGGAUCCAGUGUUAGCUAUCAAUUAGCUUCCCCAAAAAGCGAAGGACUUUUUGCUCAAGCAAUUUCUCAGAGUGGUGUUACUCUGAAUGAAUGGGGGUUUACGAGAAAUCCAAAAGAGUUAACUCUUCAAUUUGCAAGGCUUUUCAAUAUUUAUUCCAAUAAUACUGCUCAGGUAGUCCGAGAACUUCAAAAAAUCGACUAUAAAAUCCUAGUUAAUGUCUCACUACAAGUUAGCCGUUUUUUACCAUCUGUUGAAGUUGACCAUCCAGAAGCUUUUAUAGAUCGUAGCACUUAUGAAAUCUGGACUAACGGUGAUUUUAAUAAGGUUCCUGUUAUAAUAGGCUACACUUCGGAAGAUGGUGCUUAUGCCAGAGGUAGAUACAGGCAGUUCGCUACGAAUCCUAAAAAUGUCAUUCCCGCUGGACUGAAUGUUGACCUAAAUUCUUCAGUGGCUGACGAACUAGUGGAAAAGAUUUCUGACUUUUAUUUUCCAGACAGGGUGUACGAUAAUUUAACGAGUUCCCUAAACUUUAUGACUCAACAUUAUUUUGCAAGAGGGAUACGAAAAAUAGUUGCAGACUUGGUGAAAACAACCCAGCCAGUAUAUUUUUACAUGUUCUCAUAUGCUACAAAGGAGAAUUACACCAAAGGAAUUAACGGCGGAGCUGGACAUGACGAAGAUGGUAUUUAUUUAUGGAAUACUACAUUAAAUACUGAAGCCGAUAAGCUAACGAGGAGUCGUCUGAUAACGUUGUGGACUAAUUUUGCAAUUUACGGAAAUCCUACUCCUAUUCUGGAUCCUCUUCUUGGAAACGUAACCUGGCCAGACGCAAGAGGAGUUGAAGUUAAUGACGUUCGGUAUUUGGAAAUUGGAAAACAAUUGGUAACUGGCACAAAUCUAGCUCAGGAAGACUUCUUAUUUUGGAAGAAAAUAUUUCAGCAGUAUUCAACAUCAACAAUUUAUACAUACUAACCAUAAUACAGUUGUUAAUCAUCAUCAUCAUCAUGAGGUCGUCAGUACAAUUGUUAAUACAGAGAAAAUAUUAUAAUAAUUUGAAA